GAAAGCGGAAGUAGUGGAAGAAAAAUAUCGUCGAUCAUACCACGAGCUGUUAUAGAGGCAGUGUAAAGCGGUUUUUGUCAGUCAAAUUCGGACAUUACUGUCAACUCUACCGCGGACAUGGACAGAUAGUGUUUGUUUUAUCGGAUUUAUAGACACACGCGCUGUCAUAGGAUAAAGCAUCGCACCGGUGCCCACCUUGGACUGUCACCCGGACUCAGUGAGAUACAACUCUUCAACUUCCUGUUAAACUCCAGAGACCCUCGACUGUUCCUGUGGCCACCAAUAUGGCAAACAGCACCACAACGGCUGUCAAAGUUCUGGGGGGCCCUGGCCCUGCUGGCAGGACUAGUCCAGAAGGAUCUCAGGUGCUCAGUAAGAAGAAGCUCCAGGACCUGGUGAGAGAGAUCGACCCAAAUGAACAGCUGGAUGAGGAUGUUGAAGAAAUGCUGUUACAAAUUGCAGACGACUUCAUUGAGAGCGUCGUGACGGCAGCCUGCCAACUGGCACGUCAUCGCAAGUCCAACACCCUGGAGGUAAAGGACGUUCAACUACAUCUAGAACGCCAGUGGAACAUGUGGAUUCCUGGUUACGGCUCAGAUGAGAUCAGGCCGUUUAAGAAGGCUUGUACCACAGAGGCACACAAACAGAGAAUGGCGCUGAUCCGCAAGACAACCAAAAAAUAACAAGACUGUACUGUAACAUGUCAAACCCUCUCUACUGUCUGUUCUUUUGGGUUGUUUGUCCUUUUUUUUGAAGUGUGAUCUUUUGGACUUAGGGGCAAGAAAGAGAGGGGGUUGGUGGGCUUGGGGAGGGGGGUUCCUUUUCUGACAUUAGUGAUUAUUGACAUGUUUCCCUAAUCUUUGAGUGUUUUGCCAGCCUCGUCUGAUUCUGUUUUGUUUCUGUUAAACUAAGUCUGGCAGAGCUCAGUUUGUUCUUUUUUUUUGUGAAUAAAACUUACCUGGAAAACUAA